AUGGAUUGGUAUCCAAGAGAGCACGUGAGGAAGAGAGGAAGUCCGCCGACAGACUGGGACAAGGAGAUGAAGAAGACCUGCGAGGGAGCAGCCUGGAAGAGAGUAGCAUUAGAGAGGAAAGAAUGGAAAAGGAUGGGACAGACGCGGAGGCUGGUCAGAAGAAGAGGGGAGGAGGUGCGACUUGAACUGGCGGAGGCGUCAGGAGCUCAUACCCAGGGCCAAGUUGAGACAGCCUUCUCCGGAAUAUUCCAACACAGCAGCAGGCUACGAAAUGUCACCUUUAUCGCAAAGAGAAUAAACAUGUAA